CAGGGAAGUAAGGUUACCGGGAUAACGUACGCGGGACGUCAGCGGACGGUCUGCGUUUAAACAUUUAGAUUAGGGGUGCCCCAGCUGUUGAGAUGGAGAGGCAAGGAGGUGACGGUUCUGCUGAGAGCGAGGAGUUUCAGCUUCUCCUGGCCUACUGUCAAAAGAGGACCCGGCAGAGGCCACUCCAUUUCAGCGGGGGCAGUAAGAUUGAAGCUCAAGGACCUGUGAACCAAAACCCUGACAUGCUGGGCUCAGGCAUUUCUCAGAUGAACAGAAGCCUCAAAAGAUUUGACAGAAUUGUUGUUCAGGGCGAGGCGGACGGAUCAUUUGCCUGGGACAGACGAGGAUUUUUUGAAGCACAAGGGUUUGCUCAGGCCCUUGAAGGCAGGGAUGCAGACGGACCACCGGUGCACCACACAGGUGCCCUGAGUGGCGUAGCAGACAGGCUGGUUCAGAUCGCAACCUCAUCGAAAAUCCUAGAAGCAGACCUGGAGGCGGACAGUGUGGAGGGCCAUAAAGAUGUCAUUGAGAAACUGGUGGAGUUACUGAAAAAGUCUGGGGAUGACCUUGAUAAGCAGAUUGCACAGAACAAGGUCCUCCAACAGACUCUCCGAACGGCCUUUAACUACACCCUGUUUGAGAAGGUGACCGCCGCCCUCCAGGGCCAGGUUAAACCAAGCUCAGGGGGCCGUGCGGCUGGAUCCGAGGGCAGGCUCCACAGGCAGCAGAUUGCCUUUGCCUUUGAGGUGACCAGCAGGCUGUCGUCAGUGGACAUCAUCCCCAAAAGACGAGUGCUGGCCUUUGGGGAGCAAUACAUCCGCCAGCACCACUCUAUCUGGGUGCAGCAGCAUGGGGGCUGGGAAAAAGCAUUUGACAGCGAGGACGUCGACUGACAUUGUGCCUGGCUCUCUGCUGACCCAGACAUCAACAGACCACUUGUAAAGUUCUGCAUUUCUAACCGGUGUUAACAUGCAUCUUAUUUGUCCAUGGUGCAGACAUGACUUGACUGGAUGACAUCACCUCAGGAAACUCACAUCUCUGGAAAACACUUGAAAAUGAGAUCUCUCCCAAAAGUACUUAUUCCCAUGCACGCCACCUCCUCUUGUAACCAUUUGCGGUGUUUUGAAACUGCUUGCUGUUGCAAAAAUUCAGUUCCCCUACGAAGAUGAAUGAGGUUCGAUAUUCUAUAUUGUGUCCUUCAAAGCUGAUAGAAAGGACCUCGUCUCUUGUCGCUCUCACCCCCGAGAGUGCCAUGGACUGCAUUAAUAUUACAGCAGGCCGUUAAUGUGACUGAAUGCUUCAUACGCAGGGGUGGUUCGGAUGGCGGAAUCCUGAAUUUAUUCAUUUAUUUAUUGAUUAAUGGUCCAUCUCAUUACAACCCAGCCAUCCAGCAUGCAUGGUAACGCCCGGUGGAAAGAGCAUUUCUGAUUCCGAGGAGGAACUCGUCCAACCAAAUAUGAAACCGGUGAUGUCACAAAUGUGAAAAAUAAAUCCAUUUCAAGUGCAAUGUGAUAUUUUUUAUACUUAUCCAACAUAAUGCAAUUAUUAAAAAUCCAUUGCUGGGAUGUCAUUUUACUGUAUAAAUAUUCACAAUAUUAAAGAGUUGAUUUCUUAGAAACGUACCAUGUUGUGGAUAAACCGUUGUGCCUUUUCCAUCCUGUCUUUUGAUUAUGAACAAUUUUGUAUGUGUGCAGAAGUUUUGAUGCAAUAAAAAAAACAAAAAACGACAACAAC